AUGGACACCAGCGAUCACCAGCACAGAGCAAAAAGACAAAGGAACAGACAGCCCCACACCACGGUGCUGAGGCUCCUGAGCUGGGGACUGCCCAAGUGCUGUCACCGAUUCGUGUGGCGAUUCCUAUGGCGCCAGCCAGGAGAGUUUCCCCUCACUGCUGUCCUGCUGGGGGCAGGCACCGGGGGACUCCUGGCCAUAGGUCUCUUUCAGCUCCUGGUGAACCCCAUGAACAUCUAUGAAGAUCAGAAGAUGAUGAUAUUAUACGGCUUGGUGGGCUCUGGGGCCAUGGGCUGGGGGAUCUCCCCUCAUAUCCGUUGUGCAAGCCUCCUGCUAGUACCCAAAAUGCUGGGCAAAGAGGGCAGACUCUUUGUGUUGGGAUACGCCUUGACCGCCAUCUAUGAGGGACCGAUGACCAACAUUCGACGCAACCUCAACGAGGUGGUAGCAUCGCUGGGCUGCACCGUGGACCUGCAGAUCAACAACACUCGUUCAGCCUGGCGCGUCUCCGUAGCCCCACUGCGUGCAUUGUUCAAGGAUCUGCUGAGCAGCCAAAAGACACUGAAAGCCGACACUAAAAAUAUCUCCAACUCCUUCGAGAAGGACCUGGAUGCCCAGGUGAACAGUGAGGCUGGCUACACAUCCAAGGAUGCCGAGGGCUUGGAACAGGAAUCCCAACAGCGGGGGAGGCUCAGCCCAGCUAAGGCCUUCGGAUCCCGCCGCCUCUCCACACAGAAGUUGUACGAGCUGAGGACGAAGCUUCGUUGCUCCAGCGUGGUGAACAAGGCCAUAAGCAGCUGCCACAGCUGGUUUGACAAAAAGCACCAACAGUGUAUGCAACGUAUCUGGAUCCCGUUCCUCAACCACCUGCUCUGCCUGCCCAUGAAGUUCAAGUUCUUCUGUAGCAUUGCCAAGGUGAUGGAAGUUUGGUGCCGCAAUCGCAUCCCAGUGGAAGGCAACUUUGGGCAGACCUACGACUCUGUCAACAAGUCUAUUCAUGGCCUGGACGAUGACUUUAGAGCCAAUAUUAACUACAGGGAAGAGAAGCAGACUGCGCUGCUGGGCCUCAACACCAGCUGGGAGCACGUGAGCGCCGAGAUGCGGGAUUACGUGCGCCGCCAGGAGGCCCAGCUGGAGUGGGUCUUGGGGCUGCUGAACGCGCUGCUGUCCUGCACCUUCCUGAUUGUCCUCCACGCGUCGUUCUCCUACAUGGACAGCUACAAUGGGGACAUUCGCUUCGACAACAUCUACAUCAGCACCUACUUCCGUCAGAUUGAUGAACGCAGGAAGAAGCUGGGCAAACGGACUCUGCUGCCGCUGCGCAAAGCUGAGGCGAAAACUGUCAUCUUCCCCUAUAGCCUCACUAUCCAGGCCUCAGAAAUGAAAAAUGUGAUAAAAGAAGUGUCAGAGACACUGCCUGUGAUGCUGCUGCUGCUGGUGCUGUGUGGACUGGACUGGGCUCUCUACUCCAUCUUUGACACCAUCCGCCACCAUUCCUUCCUGCAGUACUCCUUCCGCAGCAGUCAUAAAUUGGAGGUGAAAGUUGGGGGAGACUCCAUGCUUGCCCGACUUCUUCGGAAAACCAUUGGGCUCCUGAACACCUCCUCGGAGGCAGUGGUGGAAGCAAACAACUUGCCCUGUCUGCCUCAGCCCCUGUGCCUGAACGCCGGAGACUAUGUGAAGGCUGGAAUACCCACUGGCCUGCUAGUGUGUCUCUGUCUGCUCCAGGCUUUCGGCUACCGGCUCCGGAGGGUCAUCGCAGCCUUCUACUUUCCCAAGCGAGAGAAGAAGCGGGUCCUGUUCUUCUACAAUGAGCUCCUGAGGAAAAGAGCAGCCUUCACCCAGCUGAGGAGGGCGGCCAUCAUAAGGCAGGCACAAGAGCAGAAGAAGAUCCACCACCUGGCGGGCAUCCUGCACCGCCGCUGCCCCUCCUUGCGCCCCUGGCUGCGCCGGCGCUGUGUGGUGUGCCAGUCACCGGAGACGUCCGAGUCCUACGUGUGCCCGACUCCGGACUGCGAAGCCGUGUACUGCAGGCCGUGCUGGGAGGACAUGCGGCGGCGGUGCCCGGUCUGCACGCCCCGAGAGGAGCUCUCCUCCUCCGCCUUCAGCGACAGCGACGACGACGCCGUCUACGCGGAGUGA